GAAAUAGUUUUUCAUCAUUUAUAUUACAUAUACAGUGUUGUGAAUCACUUGAAACAACUUGUGAUUUAUAAUCAUAUUAUCGGUAGUCCCAAAGCAAACGAUUGAACGGUACGCUUGCGUAACGGUGCUGUCUUACACAGUUAAUGAAAUCUAAAAGCUAUCAAUAUUGUUGAUAUGAGCACUGAAACAUUGUGGACACCAAACAGCGCCGAUAGUAUCGAUUCGAAGGACAGUCUACUUUCCGGACAUUCUAUUGAUUCAACAUUCAAUGGAUCGUUAAUGACAUAUAAUGUAUCAGUGCUGGCAUCGGAUGCCAGAGCUCGAACACUGCCGGAUGGAUAUCAUGGAUCACUAUUACGGGCUAAUGAGUUGCAUAAUUAUUAUCCCGACUCCAAAAUCUCCAUUUAUAUGACCACUUGGAAUAUGAAUAAUAAUGAUCCGCCACAAGAUCUUAACCCUAUAGUACUACCCGAUACUAUUGAACACGUGGCAGAUAUUAUGGUGUUUGGAGUACAGGAGGCGCCCGGAAACGCUCUCAAAGACUGGGAGAUUGAUAUACAAAAAUCUAUCGGUCCCUCACACGUGUUACUACAUUCGACAACUCACGGUGCUCUUCACAUGGUUAUUUUUGUUAAAAGGUUUCUUAUAUGGUAUGUAUCCAUUCCCGAGGAUGAGACGCAUAAUACCCGAAGUCCCUGUGCAAUACCCAUACUUAAGACCAAAGGUGCCAUUGCUGUAUCAUUUCGUGUAUUUGGCACAUCAUUCCUAUUUAUAAAUAGUCAUUUUCCGGCACAUGAAUCCCAGUGCCAGAGUCGGCUCGAAGCCUACGAGCGUAUCAUAUCGUCUAUCGAGUUGCCGAAAGACAGUUCACUGUUGAGAACACGAUAUAUCACACCCGACCUAACCGGCAGAUUUGACUGUGUUUUCUGGUUCGGUGAUCUUAAUUUUCGUAUCGAUCUGAGCCACGAAAAUGUGUGUCAAUAUUUGCAACUCAUAACCAGCGAUGACAUGUAUAGUCAGCUCCUAGAGAACGAUCAGUUGACUCAAGCAAUGGAAAGGAAUGCUCUGUUUCGUGGCUUUUCUGAAGCUGCGGACAUCAGGUUCCCUCCGACCUAUAAAUUUGAGAUUAAUAGCAAUACUUAUGAGAGUGUACUGAAACGGGUGCCGUCAUAUACAGACCGUAUACUAUAUCGCAGCAAACGAUUGGGUCAUAUCUUUUGCCAGCAAUACAAUUAUGUGCCACACUUUGACACCAGUGAUCAUAAACCGGUGUUCGCAUUGUUUAUGGCUCAGAUCAGACACGGAAGGGAUGAUAUACCACUUAAUUUGGGACAAUUUGAUAGAGAGGUUUAUAUUGAAGGAUUGAAAAGACGGGGCAUAGAGGCCGGGCGUAAAUUCAGCGACAAUCACGACUGUGUUAUUUCAUAAUAAUUUAAAGUAUUGAAUAUAUACU